CAUUUAAUGAGGGAGUCACAGUUUGUGAGAUUCAAUAAGAUUAAUAGAGAGCUACCACGCGUUAUGCAUGCAACGUACCAAGAUCACUAUUUUAUGGCGAUUGAUGAGGCUUGCACUAAAUUUCUUAUACCGGCAAUACAAAAGUUGCAGCGGAAUCAAAUGGAUCAAUGCCCCCACUAUCGAGCUUAUCGUACAGAUUUGGAGUUUGAGUUACAACAACAAGCUCAUGUUGAAAAUAUUGAUAAACCGAAUACACCUAAAGGCAUGUUUAGCGAAGAUUUGUAUGAUGAAACGCUCAUUGAAUUAACAAAACUUGUUGAUGGUAUUGGUGAUAUCAAAAAGCUUUGGAUAGUAUCACGUAUUGAUCAACAAAAGCACCAUUUCGUUGUUCUCUUUAGAAAUGCAACCAUACUAAAAAAUGAUGAUUAUAGUAAUGAACGUGCAAUUUCAAUUCGAAGUGGGAGAAAAUUUGGUGCAUUUGAGAAUGAUGUCCAAGUUGACUUUUCUUUAAUCGAUUUGAUUCGUAGCCAAUACAUUUUUACACCCAAGAUACAACAUCAUAUAAGAAGUUGUGCUCUCUAUGGGAAAGGUUUUGGUCUUAUGAAAAGAACCUUGAAUUUAGCAAUCCAAACUGAACCAGAGCAGGAAGGACGCGUUUUGCAGUCAGAUGAUGAGUAUAAUUAUGAAAUAAUCAAUAAUCUACUAAAACCACAAACAAAGGGACGGAAGCAUCAAAAACGUAUAGCAGCAUUCAAUGAUAGCGCACGAAAAAAAGUGUUGAAGAAAACAACUAAUGUGUUGCAGAAUGAUGAUUUAGUAAGGAUGGCUAGUUCUAACAUUAGUAAUGAAUCAAUUAAUGUUGACAGUACUGAAGGUACUGAAGAACAAGACCAAAUGAUGCAUGAACACAUUCAAGACGUUCAAGGUCAAGAUCAAAGAACGAAAGUUGAUAUGGUUAAUGAGGAUAUGGAGCAAUCAAUUCAAGGCAAGAAAAAACAUGCUUAUACAUGUGAAAAUUGUGGUAAAGAUGGUCAUCGUAGAUCUCAUUGCCCUAAUC